AUGGCUGAUUGUAAGCCUGCUCCGACUCCCUUUCUUUCUGAAGUCAAACUUGGGGCUCAAUGUUCUUCUCCACUUGUUGAUGGCACUUUGUACCGACAACUUAUUGGGAGUCUCAUUUAUCUGACUCAUACGAGACCCGACAUUUCAUAUGUUGUAGGCAUGGUCUCUCAAUUCAUUCAGAAGCCUCAUGAGCUACACUGGAAAGCAGCCAAGAGAAUCCUUCACUACAUUCAGGGUACUCACAGUUUUGGGAUUCACUACGCAGCGGGCAUUGAGCUUGACUUGGUGGGCUACACAGAUUCAGAUUGGGAGGGAAAUUCUCAAGAUCGCAAAUCUACUUCAGGUUACACCUUCUCACUUGGUUCAGGUCCUGUUUGUUGGUCGAGCAAGAAGAAAUCUGCUAUUGCUCUAUCUUCUACUAAGGCCGAAUAUCGGGGGGCUGUGAAUGCCGCCACUGAGGCCAUUUGGCUUCAAAAUCUCCUCACUGAGUUUGGUAUCUAG